AUGGACACAUCAGGACCCACGCUCCGGCAGCGGUCAUCUGUCCCUACUUCCGACCACCCUCCAACGUCAUCCACUUCCUCCACCAACGACCCAGCCAGCAAUGUCGACAUCGAGUCCACCGACCAGGCCUCAUCCAUCCUCUCCUCGUCCGUUCAGGGCGCCUCUUACCUGGUCCUCCUUCAGUUUGUCUCUCGUAUGCUGACCUUCACCCUCAACCAAGUCUUGCUCCGCUUCACCUCUGCCGAGACUUUGGGGAUUGCUUCUGUGCAGCUUGAACUGCUUCUCAACACGAUUCUCUUCCUUUCCAGGGAGGGUGUCCGCUGUGCAGCCAUCCGUGUCAGCGACGAUUCCGCAGAGGAGGAGGAGGAGGAAUCAACGUCAUCGGAUAGCAAGGAGAAUGGGAAGAUGCGGAUCGCUCUCGAUUCAGAGGCUUACCGCCUUCAAAAGUUGGUUAACAUGGUCUACGCGCCCAUUCCUGUCGGCGCUCUGAUGACCUGUCUCGCGGUCGGAUACUAUCUCUUGCAGGUGACCGACGAGAGCGAGGAUCGCAUCCCAGGAUACAAGCUGUCGAUCUACUUGUACGGUAUCUCUGCACUGGUCGAGUUGUUGGCCGAGCCCAUGUUCAUGGUCGCGCAGUACAAGCUGUGGUUCAAGACUCGCGUCUCUGUCGAGGGAGCCGCCGUCAUUGUGAGAUGUGUCUUGACCUGUGCCCUGACCAUCUAUGGCUCCCGUGCAGUUGUGACAGGAUCAUCGUCAGAGGGAUCGAACAAGAACACAAUGGGUGUCCUUGCCUUUGCGAUUGCUCAGUUUGUGUAUGGACUGUUGAUACUAGGAGGAUUCUUGUUGGCGUUCUGGAGUAAGAGCACAGAGAGACGGGAUCUGGACAGAAAGAGGAUGGCUGCUGCGAUCAAAAAGCGCGAUGGUAUUGCGGUCGAGGAUCAACCAAGCUCGGACUAUGACACUGUUUCCAUGAGCGCGCUUCUUCCUCGCAGACUCACUAAAGUAGGCAAGGAUGGACAGAGCGAGUCGUUUUACUUUGACAAAGAGCUGCUCAAGCUGUCCAAGAUUCUGACCUCCCAGUCAUUGCUCAAGCAUAUUCUUACGGAAGGAGACAAAAUGAUGAUGGCCAAGUUCGCCGAUGAAAAAGCCCAGGGUGAAUAUGCCUUUGUGGUCAACUAUGGAUCACUGAUUGCUAGGAUUUUGUUUCAACCGAUGGAAGAGAUCAGCAGGACGUUGUUCAGCCGACUUUUGAGCGACAUUUCGCCCGGGUCGACUCCUUCAGGCAACAAGGAUACCACCUCAGGAAACAACAGCAACGGUACUACUUCAACCUCCAGGACGCUGACGGAAACGCAGCUGGACAACUUGGUCCUCUCUCGCAACCUGCUGUUGACCAUCAUGAAGUUCCAUGUUCUCCUCGGCCUCGUCUUCAUCGCCUUUGGAACCCAUUACACUGCAACCCUGAUCGAUCUGGUCGUCGGACGGUACUGGUCCACCCUGACCAAUGCCCCCCAGGUAUUGAGUCUGUACUGUUACUAUGUCCCUAUUAUGGGGCUGAAUGGUAUUACGGAGGCUGUAGUCCAGGCUGUCGCGUCAGAGAAGGAGUUGGGAGUUCUUUCUUAUUGGAUGAUUGGGUUCUCGGCCGUGUUUUGUAGUACGGGCGCUUUUUUGAUGGGUGCGCUGAAUCUCAAGGCUGAGGGUAUUGUUUUAGCCAAUUGUGUGAACUUGAUCAUGCGGAUCAUUUGGAGUAUGUGGUUCCUGUCUGGGUACUAUGGACGGUAUAUUCCUAUUGCAGGGAGAUCGUCAGCCGCAGUCAAGGAGGGUGUCCUUGCCAGGUUCGCAUAUGUGCCAUGGCAGAACAUUGUCCCCCGACCCACGGUCCUGGUGGCCUUUGGUGCGGCAUUUGUCUUGACCGCGACGACGGAGCAGUGGAUCGGAUGGGAGGGGUUGUACAACAAGGCUGUUCAUUUGGGGAUUGGCGUUGCGGCGUUUUUGGUCGUUAUGGGCGUGAUUUUUGUCACUGAAAAGCAGUUCUUGAGGGACAUUCAGAGUAUUGUUCGGCAACGACGCCGAUAA